GCAAUAAUGCAUCAUACCUUGGUAGAAAGACAAAUCGAUGAACAUAAACUAAAACAAUUAAAUUAACAAGAAAAGGUUAUAAUAAGAAAAUUUGACAAUAAGAAAUCGAUUCCUUUGAUUAUGAAAGAUGGUGUUCUAUCCGAAUUCCUGUAUAACCUGCCAAGCUACCGGGAAAUUAAAACGAUGCAAUCGAUGUCAAAUGGUAUCAUAUUGCGGAAGUGCACAUCAAAAAGAACACUUCCCGCAGCAUCAGGAAAUCUGCAAGGUGAUAGCGCGGAUAAUGAGUGAAAAAAAGGUAUCCCAUGUUUACGAGAAAUUACGUGACCUUGAUUGGGACACCUGGAACUUGGAAAGAGAAGACAUAUAUUCAACUGUCCAAUUAGAACUGGGUCGUAAUUUUUCCCACGAGGAGCUAAAAAUGUUUCAACUUCCUCGCGUUUGUUUCGUCUGCCACGAUGCCAGACAACACCUUCUAAAAAAUUGUCCUGACUGCCCCUUUGCCGCUUUCUGCAAAAGACAUCCAAGCAGCUCUGCCCACAAUAAAGACUGUUCCGAUAUAAGAUUCGUUCAAAGAUUGGAUAAAAAAAUGCCCGUUUUAACACUUGCGACCGUAUGGGCAGUAGUGACAGCCUGUCCUAUAAUUAUUGAAGGCACGCCAUACAGUGAUAGAACCUCGAAGAAGCUUCCGAAAUCCAUGAGUGAAUUUUUGUAUGAAUAUGCAAGACCUGAAGGUGAUCUACGCAAGGAAGUUCUGCUAAUGAUUACUAGUUAUUUGAGUGUACCAUUGACGCUCUUCAGUGCUAUCAAAAAAAUGGACAACAAAACUGGCUCCCAACUUUUAGUUCAUGUAGCUUCUGGCACACCCGAUGAAUACAGAACUUUUGAAAUUCUUUUGCACAUGAUACCUAAAUUAAACCACUUGGUUGUGAUAAUGGUCAGUAAAAUAAGCCUCCAAAUUGAGCGAACCGACCUGUGCGGCAAAUGUAUCGCGAGAGGGAAGGUAUUGCUUGUAAAGUCUGCGGGAGUUGAAUAUGAGGAUUAUGUUAAGCACAAGGAGUUCCGACAACCAAACUUUGCCAUGUUCCUAAAUCUUCAAGCUUCAAGUAAUCCAAAAAGUGGUGUGAUCUGGAAAGGGAUGGUCAAUGUUUGGCUUAGUUUAAAGUGUCCACUGAUAAUAACAUCGACUAGAGAACCAAUGGCAAAACGAAUGAGUGCCAAUUUGAAGUCCGUUUUUCCUUCUCGAAUCUGCUAUGAUGGAUUUAAUGAGUUUUGUUGUCUGCGACCUGAGUUAGAUUGGGAAGAUUUUGGUAUUGAUAAGGAUAAUCAGUUUAUGGUUAUUGUCAAAGGCGAGAAGAGUAAAAAAGGUGGGACUUUUCCCUCCAAAUUAGGUGACGAGAAGAUGUGGCGGGGAAGCCGCAAGUCUACAAUCGACGAUGAGAAAGAAAAGUCGAACCUCGUACACUGUAGCUUUGGACGCUAUCACACCUCUAACACUGUCACCAUCUGUUUCGCGGACACUGUAAGAAUCAGUUGUUUUUACUGGAUGUCAAAAAUUCUGGUAACGUCUUCAAGCAGAUUGAUUGCUCGUCUACUUGAUUUUGUUAUCUGCGGUGAUGACGUAAUUGCAGGCAUUACUAUCGCUCAGGAUGACAUUUCGACGAAGCAUCCUGGGGCCGAUUUGGUGGCCGCCUUCGACGGCGCUUCUGGACCGGAGGUUCUUUGUCGAGAUUCUGGAUCAGCGGAUCGAUCUCGGGCCUUUUAG